UUCCCUUCCUGCACUGCGCAUGGUUUGAAUUUUACCGUUAAUUACGUUGACGCCAUGUGGUGAAGUGAAAUUUCCAUAUACACAUUGUUUACCCUUUCUAUUGGAAAAACAGUAAGAAUUACUCGGAAACUCUACAGACUUUUGUGUGAGUGACCGCGAAAUGUGGGUGAGGAAAGGACAUGAAUUGACCACAAUAAAAGCGAUCUAGACGCUUGAACUUGGCUUAGUUGAGUUAUACCGUACUAGCCGUAAAGGUUACAAAUUGCUUUCCCGGAAAAUUCAUUAUUUGGAAAUAUGUUUUGUUAAUUGAUUUGUGAAUGUGAAAAAAAUAAAUAAAAAUAUUUAUCUUGUCUUUCCACAAGAGCAAAAGGAUAACUGAAAUGUGAUUUUCGAUAUUUUGAGUAGUGCCUGUGAUUUUAAAAGUGUCGGUAGUGUUUCUAUGAGAGAAGAACCAAAAUGGUCACAAGAGCCACUAGUGAGCCCAAUGCAAUAAAUAAAGUUCCGAAUAAAGUGGGCAAAAAACCUCAAUCGACGGGAAAGCCACCGAAGCCGUUAGUGCGUUCCCGAAGUUUUCAUAAUAGCUCCCGUAAACCCAGCCCCAGCAAGCGUCUGAUUCAAAGCACAGAACGAACAAAAACCCAGGAGAAAAAUGCACCAGUACUGGUCAGGUCCCGUGGGAAUGAAAUCGGUAGUGCAGAUACUUUGGAAAUUGUCGCGACUCGGUCUGCAGGAAGCGAACCUUCAACCCCCGAUGAUAAUGUCAAUGUAGUAGUUCGUGUCCGCCCCUUAUGUGAGAAGGAGAAAAAAGGUGGACACGGAAUGGUUUUACAAUUUCCUGGCAAUGGACAAAUAAUGUGUGAAGGGAAAGCUAUGGGCAAUAAUGGUGGACCCAACAUAAAAGUUUUCACAUAUAAUGUUGUGUUCGAACCUGGUGCAACCCAAGAUGAUAUUUUGCAAUAUUCAGGAGUUAAACGUCUCAUUGAAAUGGCUAUCGAGGGAUUUAGUUGCACAGCGUUUUGUUAUGGGCAGACAGGUUCCGGAAAAACCCAUACACUCACCGGGCCACCAGGACUGUUUCAUGGAAAACCGAAUCCAAAAGAUGAACGCCAUGGAUUGAUCUUCCGCUCGUUUGUAUACCUCUUCCAACGCUUACAAGAACACAAGGAUAUGCAUUUUAUAUUAAAAGCAUCAUUUUUGGAAAUUUAUAAUGAAAAAGUCAUAGAUUUAUUGAACCCAGGGUCAGCACGAAAACCACUAGCGGUGAGAUGGUCGAAAAAGUCAAGAGGUUUCUACGUAGAAAAUUUAUUUACUGUCGAUUGUGAAGAACUUGAUGAUUUAUUGGCUGUUCUUGAGGAAGGCAUGCGGAACCGAGUUGUCGGAUCCCACCAAAUGAACGAUCACUCGUCACGAUCGCAUACUAUGCUCACAGUUCAUAUCACAUCAGAACAACAAGCUGAAGGUGGAGUUUUUAUAUCAAAACAAGGAAAAAUUCAUUUUGUGGAUCUAGCGGGGAGUGAGAUGACAAAAAAGACUAUGAGCGAAGGAACGACCCUCGAAGAGGCAAAUAACAUCAAUAAAAGCUUGAUGGUGCUAGGAUACUGCAUUGCAUCUCUUAGCGACAAUAAGAAGCGAUCAGGUCACAUCCCAUAUCGAGAUAGUCAACUGACCAAGCUCUUGGCUGAUAGUCUGGCAGGCAAUGGAGUUACUUUAAUGAUAGCUUGCGUUUCACCGGCCUAUUCAAACUACGCAGAAACUUUAAAUACCCUUAGGUAUGCUUCUCGUGCUAAACGAAUACGAACGAAGCCUAUCAUUAUCAUGGAUCCAAGAGAAGCUCUGAUACUAAGUUUAAAACGGGACGUAAACGCUUUGCAUAUCGAAAAUGAACAUCUGAAAGCAGCCCUCAAUUUACAAAACGAGACUCUUGCUCUUAGAGCGUUAACCGACUCUAGUCAUGAUCGAACGCACAUCCCUGAAGCUCCCAAAGUAGACCUGGAGCGUUUAGCGGAAUUGGAAGCAUCCGAGUUGGCAGAACUUGUGAAAUUAUAUAUGGUUGAAAACAAAGCUCUGAGACAUGAAAAUUCGGACUUAUUUUCCACUAGAGAAAUGAUUUUACAUGACCAUGAAGUCGUAUGUCGAGAAAAUGAACGCUUAUUAAAGAAAUUGGAGGAUGUGAAUUCAGUAUGUGUAAGAUCACCAUUGAUAUCAUCUCAACCAGCUAUAUCAUCAACGCCAUCUUUGGAAGGAGGCUCUGAGAUUUGGACGAAUCCAAAUCAGGAAUCCAACGGUGGCCAGAAACCUAAAACUGAGACAUUGGAUGGCCGCCUGUCCACAAACAUCACAAAUAUACCGGAGUCAAUACAAAAAGAAAUGGACAAACGUCGAAUCGGUGAGAACAUCCUAAACAUGGCAAACAAUUUUCAUCGACAGAAUACAGACCGAUCGUCUAGUGGUGAUUCCACUAAAAAUGAUAAAUUAAAUGGAAGGAUAAUGGAGGAUAAGAGGGCAACAUUCGUCCCAGACAUGCUGACUUGAGCAAAAAUGGCGAAAACUUGAUUUA